AUGCAGUCUGGCUGCAGGAUGGCGCUAUCCAGGGGGCUGAGGUGCUGCCAGAGGGUACUGUCCUGGGUGCCUGUAAUUAUUAUAUGGCUGGUGGUGUUGUGGUCUUAUUAUGCCUACGUCUGGGAACUGUGCCUUGUAACAAUAACCAAUCCUUUGGAACAAGUUGCAUACCUUAUCAUAUUUCAUAUGGUCUUCAUACUUUUCUCCUGGACUUACUGGAAGGCAAUUUUUACACCUCCAAUGCAGCCACCUAAAAAGUUUUUGCUGUCUUACGCUGACAAGGAGCGGUAUGAUAAUGAGGAGCGUCCAGAGGCCCAGAGGCAAAUACUAGCUGAGGUUGCUAAGAAUUUGCCAGUUUACACUAGAACUGGAAGUGGAGCAGUUCGAUUCUGCGACAGGUGUCAAGUGAUAAAGCCAGAUCGGUGUCACCAUUGCUCUGUCUGCCAUAUGUGUGUUCUAAAAAUGGAUCAUCACUGCCCUUGGGUAAAUAACUGUAUAGGAUUCUCGAACUACAAGUUUUUCUUGCUGUUUCUGGCAUAUUCCAUGCUGUACUGCACAUACAUAGCUUGUACCGUCUUCAAGUAUUUCCUCCUCUACUGGACGGGUGACUUAACGAAUGGCCGGGCCAAAUUCCAUGUGCUUUUCCUGCUUUUUGUUGCCCUCAUGUUCUUCAUCAGUCUUACGUUCCUCUUUGGUUAUCACUGCUGGCUUGUUGGCUUCAACAGAACCACACUAGAGGCAUUUUCAGCCCCAGUGUUUCAGAGCGGUCCUGAUAAAAAUGGUUUCUACCUCGGUUUCUGUAAGAACCUGGAAGAGGUUUUUGGAAGGGACAAAAAAAUGUGGCUUAUUCCAGUGUUCACCAGCCUUGGGAAUGGACUUUCUUUCCCAAUGAGAACAAUAAAUGAAUCCCGAAAUCCACUUUUAUCCACAGAAGAUAAUUGGGAAGAUGUAACUGAUGAAGAGAAUUCAGUCUCUUAUGGAUUGUCAGAUGUUGCCAUAGACAUGGACACAUAGCACUCUGCAGGCAGAUGCUGUGUAGCUUUCAAAAAAGGGGCCAAAGCAUAAUGAAAUCUCAUGGAAUACCAAGGAUAUAAAUACGGAGCAGCCUACCUUCCCAUCACUUGAGAAGUGUUAUGCAGGAGCAGCCUAUGCUGUGCAAAUUACAAGACCCUACUGGUUAUUCAUUGGGAUUGGACAAGUAUUUUACAGAAGGAAAUUGCACCUCUGACAGUUAUGCUUCAUAGAAUUUCAUAUUUAUUUUGAGAUUUUGGUAUCUCAGAUGUUCAGAAUCUUCUGUAAUGUUUGACUAUUACAAUCUAUGGGUUUAUUUAUAGUUAUGGUUUACAGGUAAAUGAUGCUCGAGAUGGCAGGUUCAGCUAGUGCCUCACCUUGAUAAUGAAUAUUACAUCUGCAUUUUUUUAGGUAAAUGGUACUGGCUACAUUAUACGUGUGCUCUCCUAUUUCAGCUUUUAAUUUAUUUUAUUUUGCACAAUAAAUUGUUCUUAUUAAUAGUAAGAUACCUUUUUAUACCGGAGAGAAUAAAAAUAUAUUUCCCGGUGA